AUGGGGCUGUUCAGCAAAAAGGCGGGGCCCGAAUCGGACCCCGAGAAGAACGAAACGGUCGUCCGCACAGAGUCCAGCUCCAACUCGGAAAAGAGUAAGACUCAACAGACCAAGGAGGAGGAAGAGGAGAGUGAAGAAGAGCAGUAUGCUGGCCUCGACGAAACGAAAAAGGACAUCCUCAAGCGACAAGUACGAACGCCAGACACGGUCGUCACCUUUAUGACCCUGUUCCGAUACGCAGACAAGUUUGAUUUCUUUCUCAUCAUGGUGGGUUUGGUCAUGGCAGCAGCCGCAGGUGUGUGUCUACCCAUUUUCACCAUCAUUUUCGGCUCAAUGACCAACGAAUUCACCAACUUCUUUGUCUAUGGAGCCUCCAAGGAGCACUUUCAGAGCAGAAUCAAUCACUUUGCUCUGUACUUCGUUUAUCUGGCUGUGGCUACCUUUGGAACAACUGCCAUCAAAACUUACAUUACAGUCGAGCGAGGAGAGCGUCUGACUGCCCGAAUUCGAGCAAACUACCUCAAGGCCAUUCUGCGACAAAAUAUUGGCUAUUUCGAUAAACUGGGAGCUGGAGAGGUGACCAACCGAAUCACCAGUGACACCAACCUCAUCCAGGAGGGUAUCUCCGAGAAGCUGGGCCUCAUUGUUUCUGCCAUUGCCUCUUUCAUCACUGCCCUCGUGAUCGGUUUCAUCAAGCAGGCCAAACUUACCGGUAUCAUGUUGUCCACUGUUUUUGCUCUGGCCCUGUCGAUGGGUAUCUGUUCAACCUUCUUGGUCAAGUACACCAAACUUGCUCUUGAAGACGACUCUGCCUGCUCCAGCAUCGCCGAGGAGGCCUUCUCGUCCAUUCGAAACAUCGUGGCUUUUGGUUCUCAGUCUCGAAUGGUUGAGAAGUACAAUGUCCCUCUUGCCUCUUCUCUCCACAACUACCUGCGAAAGAACAUUUCUCUGGCUGUCAUGGUAGGCUGUCUUUGGUCUCUCAUCUACAUCAAGUACGCCCUUGCCCUGUGGGAGGGUUCUCGUCUUGUUGCGUGGGGUGAGACCCAGGUUGGUAAUGUGACCACCGUUCUCAUGGCCCUCAUGAUCGGAGCCUUUGAGCUGGGAGGAGUUGCUCCCAACCUCGAGUCUGUGGGAGUGGCUAUUGCUUCUGGAAAGAAGAUUUUCGGUACCAUUGACCGUGUGCCAGAGAUCGACACCCAGGAAGAGGGAGAAAAGAUCCCCGACAUCAAGGGCCACAUUGUGUUUGACAACGUCGACUUCCGAUACCCUUCUCGACCCAAGGUGCAGAUUCUAGAGGACUUUAACUUGGAGGUUUUGCCUGGCCAGACCGUCGCUCUCGUUGGCGCUUCCGGAUCUGGAAAGUCCACUCUCAUUGGUCUUCUGGAGCGAUUCUACCAGCCUCUGAGCGGUUUGAUCACUAUUGAUGGCUACAAUCUUUUGGACCUCGAUGUCAAGUGGCUUCGACAACACAUUUCUCUUGUGUCUCAGGAGCCCACUCUGUUCAACUGUACGAUUUACGAGAAUAUCACCUUCGGUCUUAUUGGUACUCAGUGGGAACAUGCCGACGAUGAGAAGAAGAUGGAGCUUGUGGAGCAUGCCUGUAGACAGGCUAACGCUUGGGACUUUAUUCAGCUGCUGACUGACGGCAUUAACACCAAUGUUGGAGAGUCCGGCAUGCUCCUCUCAGGAGGUCAAAAGCAGCGAAUCGCUAUUGCUCGAGCCAUCAUUUCCAACCCUCCCAUUCUUCUGCUCGAUGAGGCCACUUCUGCUCUCGACACAAAGUCCGAGGGUAUUGUGCAGGAAGCCCUUGAUAAGGCGUCUGAGAACCGAACUACCAUUGUCAUCGCCCACCGUCUGUCGACCAUCAAGAAUGCUUCCAAGAUUGUCGUUAUGUCCAAGGGCGAGAUCAUCGAGCAAGGCACACACGCUGAGCUACUGGCCAAACAGGGCAUGUACUAUGGUCUUGUUGACGCUCAGAAGCUGACGGAGGCCCGUCCAGGUCAGAAGAGUUCCUCUGAUGGAGAAGAUGCGCCUCUGCUUAUUCAGGAGGACGACAUGAAGAUUGGCAAGUCCACCACCAACAAGUCCCUAUCUUCCCAGAUUCUUGCAAACAAGGAGAAGCCUGAUCGUGACAAACAUCUGUCUAUUGCAGGUAUGGUCAAGCUGCUAGCUAAGUACAACAGAAACGAACGACCCUUCCUCUACGUUGGCUCAUUUGCUGCUCUCAUCAACGGUGCCGGUUAUCCUGCUCUGGCGCUUCUGUUCGCUUCUGCCAUGCAGGCCUUCAUGGUCAGCCCCGACAUGUACCACUGGAUGCGAUCCGAGAUGAACAAGUACUCUGGUUUCCUGUUCAUGGUCGGAAUGAUCGAGCUCAUGGCCUACUUUGUGCAAAUCUACUGUCUGGGUUGGUGUUCUGAGCACCUCGUUCGAAAUAUCCGCCACUCUGUCUUCUCCCAUCUGCUCCGAAUGGACGUUGCAUUCCACGAUGAAGACGACAACACCACCGGUUCGCUUACCUCAACUCUGUCCAAGGAUGCCCAGUAUGUCCAGGGUCUUGGAGGAGCCACCUUUGGCCAGAUUCUCUCGUCUCUGUGUACCAUUGUAAUUGGUGUCAUCAUUGCCAUCUGCUACACAUGGCGUCUGGGAUUGGUGUGUACCGCAUGUGUGCCUCUUAUUAUCGCUGCCGGUUUCUUCCGAUUCUGGAUUCUCACCCAUCUAAACCUGCGAGGAAAGAAGGUCUACGAGCAGUCUGCUUCUUACGCUUGUGAGGCGACGACAUCCAUUCGAACAGUCGUCACUCUCACUCGUGAGGACUAUGUUUACAACGACUACCUUCACAAAGUCGAGUCCCAAGUUGCCGACUCCGCUCGUGCUAACAUCUACUCUGCCACUCUGUUUGCAGCCUCUCAGUCGCUCAACCUGCUCAUUUCCGCUCUCGGUUUCUGGUAUGGAUCCACACUAAUGAAGGAUGGCAUCAUCGACACCAACAAGUUCUUUGUGGCCUUUGUUUCCGUUGUCUUCGGCUGUCAGUCUGCCGGUUCCAUCUUCUCGUUCACUCCCGAUAUGGGCAAGGCCAAGACUGCCACCCAGAACAUUGCCAACAUGCUGGCUGUUCUCCCCGAGCUCGAUGUUGACUCCACUGAGGGAAUCAUCCUGGACCACGAUAACGUUCGAGGAGAUAUCUCUUUUGAGGACGUUCGAUUCCGGUACCCUACUCGUCCCCAGGUGCCUAUUCUGCGAGGUCUCAACCUGAACAUCAAGAAGGGCCAGUACGUUGCUCUUGUCGGUUCUUCCGGAUGCGGUAAGUCCACCACCAUUGCGCUCAUUGAGCGGUUCUACGACGUUCUUUCUGGCGCUGUCAAGCUCGAUGGAGUCGAUAUCAGAGACAUCAACAUCAACUCGUACAGAUCUUGCAUUUCUCUGGUGCAGCAGGAGCCUGUUCUCUUCUCUGGAACUGUCCGAGAGAACAUUCUGCUGGGAUCUCUUCGAGAUGACGUGACUGAGGAGGAGAUGAUUGAGGCUGCCGAGAUGGCCAAUAUCCACUCUUUUGUCAUGUCUCUGCCUGAUGGCUACGACACCUACUGUGGUUCCAAGGGCUCUCUCCUGUCAGGAGGUCAGAAGCAGCGAGUCGCUAUUGCUCGAGCUCUGAUUCGAAACCCCAAGAUUCUACUAUUGGAUGAGGCCACUUCUGCAUUGGACUCCGAGUCUGAGAAGAUUGUUCAGGCUGCUCUUGACCAGGCUGCUAAGGGUCGAACCACUAUUGCUGUGGCUCAUCGUUUGUCCACCAUUCAGAACGCAGACAUUAUUUACGUGUUCGAGGAGGGACGGGUGCUCGAGUCCGGUACUCACCAGGAGCUGCUGGCCAACAAGUCCAAGUACUACGAGUUGGUCAAGUUGCAGGCUUUGGAGGGCUAA